GUUCCGGUUCCGGUUCCCGUUCGCGUCUGCACCUGAGGCGAGGCCGAGGGCGAGCGCGAGCGGCCAUGGCGUACUCCACCGUGCAGAGGGUGGCCCUGGCCUCGGGGCUCGUCCUCGCCGUGUCGCUGCUGCUGCCCAAGGCCUUCCUGUCUCGCGGAAAGCGGCAGGAGCCGCCGCCGGCGCCCGGAGGAAAAUUGGGCCAAUUUCCACCUAUGAUGCAUCAUCACCAAGCACCCUUAGAUGGCCAGACCCCUGCAGCUCGCAGCCAGAGGUCUCACCUUGCAGAGGCCUUUGCAAAGGCCAAAGGAGCAGGUGGAGGCGCUGGAGGAGGAGGAGGUAGUGGAAGAGGCCUGAUGGGGCAGAUUAUUCCAAUCUAUGGUUUUGGGAUUUUUCUAUACAUACUGUACAUUCUAUUUAAGCUUUCAAAGGGGAAAACUACUGCAGAGGACCGGAAAUGCUCUACCACCACAUCUGGAAACACCUACAGGAAAAUUACCAAUUUUGAGCUUGUUCAACUGCAAGAAAAACUGAAGGAGACAGAAGAAGCCAUGGAAAAAUUAAUCAAUAGAGUGGGACCUAAUGGUGAAAGAGCACAGACUGUGACUUCUGACCAAGAAAAACGGUUGCUGCAUCAGCUCCGAGAAAUCACCAGGGUCAUGAAAAAAGGAAGAUUCACUGACAGACCCACUCCCGAGAAAGAGGCUGAGGAGGCCCCUUACAUGGAGGACUGGGAAGGUUACCCUGAAGAGACUUAUCCAAUUUAUGACCUUUCAGAUUGCAUCAAACGUAGGCAAGAAACAAUCCUGGUGGAUUACCCGGACCCAAAACAGCCCUCUGCUGAGGAAAUAGCUGAAGGGAUGGGACUGCUAGAAGAAGAGUCGGACUAUUUGGGUUGGGAAAUGCCCACUCACCGCAGAGCCCAGGAAGAGAAUUCUGUUACUUCAGGUGACCCAAAGCCAGAAACAUGUUCCUGCUGCCUUCACGAAGAAGAGGAUCCCGCUGUCUUGGCAGAGAAUGCUGGAUUCACUGCAGACAGUAACAGCGAGCAGGAGGAGACCACCAAAGCAGCGUGGCCCCAGGACUUCAGAGAUGAGGGGCUGGGCAUCAGCGCUGUCGGAGCAUGUACAGGGGGCUCAUUGAGGAAGCGGAGCCCCCAGGAUUUAGAGUGAACACAGCCAGUUUGGUGACAUAUCCAUUACUCUAGUCCCAAGGUGACCUUUUCUUCUCUCUCAGACUUCAUCCUUGGCCCUGUGCCCUCUACUUCAUUCUCUGUGUUUAAAUAUCAUACCCCAUCAGGUCGCUACCAUGGAUAUCAUGUAUCCUCCCUGGUGCUCACACACCUGUCACCUUGUACAACAUCAUAGAGAUUAGUAGGAACACAAGAUGGCCUCGCUCUUUCUCUUCCUGCCUUUCCUCUAUCAGAGAAUUAAUCCACUGAGUAACUGUUUGCUCUAUCGUGAUUACAGAUGGGACCACUCAAGGACAGAGGUCCGACUCUGCGUGCUAGGAGUAACAGAUGGUUUACCUGUGAACGAAGAGCAGCUUACAAAUGAUGAGGACUUAAGGUUGCAAGAGUGAAGAUUUCAGAGUCCAAGAUGCCUUAUUCUCUGGGCCUUGAGCAGGUUAGUGGUCCCCUGGGUUCAAAAAAAGAACAUUUUGUUUUUGAGGAUGGUGGGGCCAGAGCAGGACAGGACUUUGCUGUCUGAGCUGAAGCUCCUUCCUCACAACCAGGGCCAGAAGACUCACACGGACCUGAAAAUGGGCUCAGCAGACUGUUGGGGGUUGUUUUGCUCUGAUACUGCCUGGAUCUCUAGCUUCCUUUAUCCCUGUUCUGCUUAACAGAACUUCCAAACCCACAACACCUUUGUACCUCUGGUCUUCAAUGACCAGAGGAAGCUUUAGGUAGAGACUUUAGUCCUGGCCCUGCAGAGCCAAGGUUUGAGGCUGCAGGAAAGCCAAGGGCAGUGGUCCUGCCAUAAGAUGCUCAGAUGGCCAGGGAGCCAGUGAUGGGCACGAACCUAUUCAUUUAAGGACAGCCCUUGCCUUGAAACUGUUUCUGAAUGCUGUGCCCUCUGGGAAAUUUGUUUUCACAACCACAUGAAUUGAAUCUGAAAUGAGGACCGAACUUGUCGACAAAGUGCCAGCCCAAGCAGGAAAGUUGCAGUGUGUCUGGUGCAGAGAACCAGUGUAGCAGUGCCCAGGGGAAGAGAUGUUUACUUGUCUGUAAUCAGAUAUCUGGGUCCUCUGAGAGACCUGGGGAACAUAGGAAGUAGGUUAGGCCUGGGAAAACUUUGACAAAACUACAGGCCUAAUCUUUAAACUGCCAUCUGUCUUCUUGAGACAGGAUGGCACCCAGGUAUUCUGUCUAGUAAGGAUGAGUGAAUUCAGUUUAUGUAUAAUACCUGAGAGUUUAAAGAGUACACAUUCCUGAGGACAUUCUCAGUCACAAAAUGUGGAAGACUUGAAGAACUCAUGUAAAGGUAGAGGAACAUACUUUAAAUCACACAUAUACGCAUACAGACUGCUCUCAGGUCUGGGAUCAUGUUAAUAUAAUGUCACCUACUACAAGACAUUUCUUGUUAGUUAAUGAACUAGAGAGAAGUCACUGAAGAUUGAGCCUCUACAAAGCAUAUUGCAUCUGUCUUUGUGUGGAACAUUUGGUUCACUUGUAACAAAUGCAGUUUAAAAUGUACUGAAAACAAUCUAGAUGUGAUGUAAUGCUAAAGGUAAAAAAAUAAUGUAGGUGCUCUUUACUGUCUCGAUAAACUGUUUUCCUUGUUAUUUCCCUUCAUUUAUAUGAGGGGUUGAUUUAUGAGGA